AUGGCUAGCAAGGACCCUGUUCCAUCGCCCGCCCAAGGCGUUGGCCCUAUCUAUCGACCAGAGGGUGAGAAGCCCACGGCAACGGUCUCCAAAGAAGUCUCCUAUGAGAAUGUUCACGUGCUGUCCCAAACACCCCAAUUAAUCGCUCUACUGACGAUGAUUCGCGACAAACGGACCGCUCGGGCAGAUUUUAUUUUCUACUCAAACCGCAUCAUCCGGUUGCUGGUGGAAGAAGGGCUGAACCAUCUACCCGUGGUGGAACAAUCGGUCACUACCCCGGUUGGACGGGCCUACUUGGGAGUUAAGUUCGAGGGGAAGAUCUGUGGUGUUUCAAUCAUGAGAGCUGGAGAAGCCAUGGAACAAGGGCUGCGGGAUUGCUGUCGGUCCGUUCGCAUUGGCAAGAUCCUAAUCCAAAGAGAUGAAGAAACCUGCAUGCCGAAGCUCUUCUAUGAAAAGCUACCGGCCGAUAUUGCGGAUCGAUGGGUUUUACUCCUGGAUCCCAUGUUUGCAACCGGAGGAUCCGCAACAUUGGCAGUAGAGGUCCUGAAGCAGAAGGGCGUCCCUGAGCACCGUAUCUUGUUUCUCAAUCUGAUCGCAAGCCCUUCCGGUGUUGCGGAGUUCGCUGAGAGAUUUCCCAAACUUCGGGUUGUCACAGCCUUUAUCGAUCAAGGAUUGGAUGACAAAAAGUACAUCAUUCCUGGAUUGGGAGAUUUCGGUGACCGAUACUACACACUGUAG